AUGUCUUCCCCAUCGUCCACCAUUGUUGUUAUAGUGAAGAACGGUUACAACACCCCCACUACAGAUAUCACAGAUAAAGCAGAGACGAAGAAGUGUGAAGAUGAUGCUAAAGCAGUGAAUGCACUUCUAGGCUCCCUAGUGAGCAAUGAGUUUGCAAAAGUGGUCGGCUGCACAACAUCAAAGGAUAUAUGGGACAAGUUAAAGAGUGUUCAUAAAGGAGAUGAUAAAAUCAAAGAGGCAAAACUACAACACCAUAGGAAUUUAUUCGAAAAUCUGAAAAUGUCUGAGGGAGAGACCAUUGAUCAGUUUAUGAGCAGGGUAAACAAAAUCAUCAAUUCUAUUAGAGGGUUAGGAGAAGAGUUAAAGGAUGCAGUAGUGGUGAAGAAAAUAUUGAGAUCUUUAUCUGACUCGUACAACCCUAAGGUGUCUGCCAUUGAAGAAUCUAAAGACUUGAACACAAUGAAAUUAGAUGAUCUACAUGGAACUCUGAUUGCUUAUGAAAUAAGGAUGGUUAAGCCCAAGUCCAUAGAAAAAGAAGCUACCUUCAAAGCUUUGAAGAAAUUGAAAAUCAAUGAAGAUAGUGAACAAAAAGAUUCUGAUGAUGAGUUAAUAGCUUACUUGGCUAGGAAACUCAAGAAAGGUAGAGGUAAAGGAAAACUUCCCUUAAAGUGUUUCAAUUGUGAUGGUAUAGGGCAUUUCGCUUCCAAGUGUCCAAAGAAUGAUAAAUUGAGUGACUUUGAGGAUGAAGAUGAUCAAGAAAGCAAGUUCAAGAAAGGAAAGAAGAAAUUUAUUCCUAGAAAAAGAAACUUCAAAAAGAAAAGCUGCAAAACUCACUCUCAUUCUUGGUCUCUUCUUGUCGGGCUCUUUUCUUGA